CACACACACACGCACAUAUAUAUAUAUAUAUAUAUAAGAGCUGUUUCUGGUGAGAUUUGAAACAGAAAAGAAGGAUAUAUAUAUAUAUAUAUAAAUAAGAAAACUAAAAAAUGUUUAGGUUAAUAUCAGGAAUAAGAGGGCCCAGUGGUUUUGGAUCAGCUUCAACUGCUGAACAUGUCACUCAAGGGAUUGAUGCUGCUAAUCUCACUGCCAUUAUUACUGGGGGUGCAAGUGGGAUAGGCUUGGAAACAACAAGAGUUCUAGCAUCAAGGAAUGCACAUGUUAUUAUUGCUGCAAGAAAUAUGGAAGCUGCAAAUCAAGCAAAACAACUUAUUCUCAAGGACAGCGAAAAUGCUCGUGUUGAUGUCCUUAAACUCGACUUGUCUUCCCUUAAAUCCGUCAAGGCCUUCGCCGAUAACUUCAUCGCUCUUAACCUUCCUCUCAACAUCUUGAUAAACAAUGCUGGUAUAAUGUUCUGCCCCUAUCAGCUCUCUGAAGAUGGGAUUGAGAUUCAAUUUGCUACAAAUCAUCUUGGACACUUCUACUUGACGAAUCUUCUCCUCGACAAGAUGAAAGAGACGGCAAAAUGCACCGGCGUCGAGGGUAGAAUUGUAAAUCUAUCGUCAGUAGCUCACAUUCACCCUUACAAGAGAGGGAUUAGGUUUGAAAAGAUCAACGAUAAAAGCCGAUACGACGACAAGAGGGCAUACGGCCAAUCCAAAUUAGCCAACAUAUUACAUGCGAACGAGCUCUCGAGACACCUUAAGGCUGAGGGAGUAAAUAUUACUGCAAACGCGGUGCAUCCAGGGUUAAUAAUGACAAAUCUCUUCAAACAUACUGGUUUUUUCAUGAAAAUGUUGAAGUUCUUCAGCAGUUGUAUACUAUGGAAGAAUGUCCCUCAGGGAGCAGCGACAACUUGUUACGUUGCGGUUCACCCGAGUUUGAAAGGUGUUUCGGGUAAAUAUUUUUCGGACUGUAACGAAUCAAAGCCGAGUAGAAUGGCGAGGGACGAAGUAUUGGCCAAGAAACUGUGGGAAUUCAGCAACAAGUUGGUUAAUGCAGCUCAAAACUCUUGAAUUUUCUUGCAUUUUAUUUUAUUUAUAUAUUUUCUUUGUUUUCAUGUAUUUCUGCUUAAGAUUGAGACAGUGUUGAAUAUUUUAAAUCUUUUUAUUUAAUUUAUUAUUUUUUAA